CCUUUCUAAUAUAUUAUCAGGGUUGGCCACAUACACCUUAAUUUACGUAGCCUGUGCAUUAGAAAUUUUCCAUAGAAAUAGCAUCUAAUCCAACUGCAAGCUAAUGCACGAGCAACGUAAAUCGCCCUGUAUAGGAGGGAUUCUUUAUAAUUUAGUAUUAAUAGCCUUUGCAAGAUUGCAGCAAAACUUUGGUCUGGGUAUUAGUUAGUUGUCAGUACUUUGCGAGAUCUGGCCAAAUUGAAAAAAAAACCAUUUGAUAGUGAACAUUGUGAUUAUUUCUAUUGAAUAGAUAGGAAUGGGUUUGACAGGCAUGUCAAAAAUUCAAAACAUUUCUGCUACAAAAUAACUACAACGAAUCUACUUUUUGAAUAAGUUUUGUGAAGAAGUGCCUUUAAUACAUAUUUUUUACUCAACAUUUACAAUAGGUUCAAUCUGAGAAAUCAAAUGUACGUAACUUAAACCAAGACUUGAACUUCUGGAUUUUGAAAAUCUCUACAUGAUGCUCAACCACACCAUCGAACAACAAUUGGAAGAAGAAUAUAAAACAUUAUUAAGAGAAAUUGAUUAUUUAGUUCCAGCAAAAUCUUGCAUUCUCAACUUUCAAAAUAAUGACUUUAAUAGUAGUAAAUCCAGUGAAGAUUUAACAAAAUUAUUGAAAGGAUAUAGCAAAGCAGUAUUAGAAACCUAUAUUGUUAACCAUGAGAGUCAUUCAAAAAUGGUACCGUUGGGUAAUAGAAAUGAUUUAAUCAAUUACGUCACAGAAAUUAUAGUUUCUAGACCUAAAUGUAACCAUAAAUUGUGUAAAUGUAUAUCAAAAAAAGUUUCAAUUCUGCUGGACACUAGAUCACCCUUGGCUGGGCCUACAGAAAAUGUGAAAGUUACCCAGGCCAAAAAUUAUAUGGAGACAGCUACUCAAAAAUCUAGUAAAUUAUUUCGAAAUAAAAAACUAAAUGCUGAACUUCAAACUGAUGAUUUCAAACAAGAUCCUAACUGCACUUGUGGAUGUUGUCCCAAAUUAAGUUCUCAGGUAGUCGUUAAAAAUGCAAUAGAACAAAAAAAACUGUUACAAGAUGCAACUACAAGUGAUAAGCAAAUAUUUCCAUUUGGAAAGGGUUGCCCAAAUUGUACCCAAACUUUUUCUACAGACGAAAGCGAAAGCAAUAGAAAAUGCGUUCCAGAUAAUUUUGAAUCUCUUUUAUCGACUUCGAAAAUUCAAUUUUCUACUUGUAUGGCAAAACAGGAUUGUGCCUGUGAUCCAUAUGACGUUGAAGAAGCAAUCAAAUUAGGUGUAAUAUCUCCUGGCAGUGAUAUUUGCAAACAGAAUAAAAGAGUUAUCUUCAAUAAGAAAAGAAAGUCAAAGAAAAGCAGGAAAUCUGAUAUCACUACUUCCGAGAAUGAUACCCCUAGUGAAACUUCAUUAUCAGAAAAUGAAAAGAAACCCAAGAAAAACAAAAAAUUUAAAUUCUUAUCAAAUAUCUGUAAGUCACCUAAUAUGAAUCGCCAAAAAGACAAAAAAACAUCCAAUAUCAGUGAGUCACCUAAUAUGAAUCACCGAAAAGACAAAAAAACCACAGGUUGUUUUGGUAGGAGAAAAAAGAAAAAAUUAUGCGAAGAACAUUGCCAGGGUGUCAUAGGACGUGUGCGUUCCAUACAAACUAUGUCCAUCACUCAACACGACAAAGGCGAUGAAACCUAUUUCUCUGAUGAAAAUAAUCGAAAAGCUGUGCAUACCUCAACAGAUUCAGAAAUAGGCACCCAAAUGUCCGCUAGAAAUUCAGUACAAAAAAUUUUGGAAAAUAAAACAACUUCUAACGUUCAAGAAAUUGAGAACGAAAACGCUAGAAAUUUAGUACAAAAAAUUUUGGAAAAUAAAACAACUCCUAACGCUCAAGAAAUUGAGACCGAAAACAUAGAACAAAACAUACAACGAGACAUAGAAAUUAGUCAGUCACGGAAGAACUUAUUUAAAAAAGCAUCAAAAACAGAACAGCAGAAACAACAAUCCAAAGAAGCUAUGAUUUGUGAUAAAUGUGGCCGCCAAAGACGAGAUUGUCAUCGAGCUUGUCGUAACACAAUUAUCCUGCCUUAUGGGUCAAGAAGUGGAGGUGCUAUGCCUGCUGGAGAGGCAGAAUCUUUGCGAAUGUUAAUAAAAAUGCAAGGUAAAGACACUAAUCGACAAUUCAACAAUCUCAUCACUGAGCUAAAUGCUCAAAAGAACGAAAUACAAAGGCUCAAUAAUGUGUAUCAAAAAAUGGUAGGAGGUUUCCAUGAAUCAAACAAAUCUAUUAACAAAAUAAAGAAAGCCGAGACGUAUGAGUGUGGAUGUAGUCCAUUUGCAGCCAACUGUGGUUGUAGCUUUGAUAGUGAAUGUGCCGAUAAGAAGGCUCAAAAAAAGGAUGAUGGUAGUAGCGAUGGUAGAGUUAGAGCUGAAAUGGCAGAUGAGCAGUUUGGAAAUAAAGAUGCACUAAAAAGAUUUGGACCUUUAAAUGCAGCUGUUUCUAUAAAUAUCUGUAGCCCUUAUUCUACAGAUAUAGGAAUAAAACAUUUAAAGAUUGAUACUAAUUACCUUGAUAGCGACAAAAAACAAACAAUAGAAAAUUUUAAGCCCAAUAAUGCAAAAUAUAAGAAUGGAGGUAGCGGAGAUUCUAUAUCGAACUCACUUUCAACUUUAUUUAUGAUGCACCAAACCGUUGACCAAACUCAAAAAAUUUCAAGUUUUGAGGAUAUUCCACAAAAUAUACAACAAAUCCUUGAUAAAACUGACGUUAUUGAGAUAGGUACAAACAAUGAAGAUCCUCCAGAACAACAUUCAACCAAUAGAACUCACAGCAGUCGAGUACUGGUGUGGCUGCAAAAACCUUGGACUCAUUUGAAAAGAAAACGCUCAGAAUUUGAACAAAAGAAAGAAGAACGACAAGAGAGUACUAAUGUACUAAAUUUUUGUCAGAGUGCUAUGAAGCGAGCUAUUGCCGGACUAUGGAAUGUUGCAAAAGGAAAAAAAUGAAGGACAAAUUUA